GACGGUGAGUAGCCUACAAACGUAUCCAGCCGAGGAUAUUUGUGAUGAACAGGAAUGGAAGGCAGAAAAUCAACACAAAAAAGGAAACACUUGGAGCCUCCAGCAGAAGACUCUGACAGCUCCCUGCAUGAGAGCAGCUGCGGCCAGGCAUCAUCUACUGGGGGAGCCUGCGACAUCUGCGGCGGAGCCCAAACCCUCCAGUCCGGCCAUGCAUCUUUCAAGGGCCAGUUUUUCUGCCACCUGGAAGACGGCCCUGGAGGAAGGACGGCUUAUCAGUGGCUGCUGGAGCAGCGGUAUCUAGACCAGGACUCUGACAGCUCCCUGAACGUGAGCAGCACCUGCGACAUCUGCGGCAGACCCCAAACCUUCUGGUACGGCCAUGCAUCUUUCAAGGGACAGUUUUUCUGCGCCCUGGAAGACGGCCCUGGAGGAAGGACGGCUUAUCAUUGGCUGCUGGACCAGCGGGGUCAAGACCUGGACUCUGCCAGCUCCCUGUACAUGAACAGCACCUGCGACCACUGCGGCAGAGACCAAACCCUCCAGUAUGGCCAUGAAUUCAAGUGCCAGUUUUUCUGCCACCUGGAAGUCGGCCCUGGAGGGCGGACGGCGGAGCAGUGGCUGCUGGAGCAGCGGGGUCAAGACCUGGAACUGAGGUCAAGGCUGACUGAAUGUGAGCGUGUGGUGGAGAAUCCAAAGGCAGACAAUUCAGUAACUUUGACAGGCUCUGGAUUCAUGGGCCCAGUUUCUGUUGACGCCAUCUUGGUUUAUACCAAAGUCAUCACCAAUGUGGGACAGGCCUACGAUCCUAUCACAGGUUUCUUCACAGCGCCAGCGAGGGGAGUCUAUUACUUCAGAUUUACCGCUAGGCGCGUUCUUGGCUCUCGCUUUAUGGGGAUACGGCUGUGUAAGAAUUGGGAGGUCAUGUUUGUGCAGGAGCAUCACAAUGAUGGCCUGCGCGACUACCUCUCGAGUGGUGCUUCUCUGCAGCUGGAGGUGGGAGAUAUGGUGAACAUGCGUCUGCCUGCUGGCUACAGGAUCUAUAAUGACUUGGAUAAUCACAACACCUUCACUGGCCUCCUUCGGUUUACCCUGUGA